UUUGGGUAACAUUGUAGCAGCGGACGCGCGCGCAGCGAUGAACGCGCAUCUGUGGGCUCAGCUUCAGGCGGGCAGCUCGGAGGUGGACUGGUGUGAAGGGAAUUAUCUCAUCUAUCCCGGAAUCGCGGAAUUCUAUAACACCAUAAGCAACGUGCUGUUCUUCGUGCUGCCUCCGAUCCUCAUGUGUCUGUUCCGUCAGUACGCCACGCACUUCAACAGCGGCAUCUAUCUGAUCUGGACUCUGCUGGUGGUGGUUGGGAUCGGCUCUACUUAUUUCCAUGCGACGCUGAGCUUCCUGGGGCAGAUGCUGGAUGAGCUGGCCAUACUGUGGGUGCUCAUGUGUGCCAUCGGCAUGUGGUUUCCCAAGAGAUACCUGCCCAAGAUAUUCCGCAGAGACAGAUCGAGGUUUCAAAUGGUCAUCGGGGUCCUCUCAGGGAUCACCACCUGUUUGGCCUUCAUCAAGCCAGCGAUAAACUCCAUCUCUCUCAUGGCGCUGGGAAUCCCAUGCACCGCUCUUCUCAUCACAGAGCUAAAGAGGUGUGAUAACCUGCGUGUGUUUAAGCUGGGUCUUCUCUCGGGUCUGUGGUGGACUCUGGCGCUCAUGUGCUGGAUCAGUGAUCGCAUUUUCUGUGAGAUGUGGUCUUCUGUCAACUUCCCAUAUCUACACUGUGCCUGGCAUAUCCUCAUCUGCCUGGCGUCUUAUCUGGGAUGUGUGUGUUUUGCGUAUUUCGACGUGGCGUCAGAGGCUCCGGAGCAGGGCCCCGUCCUCAGAUUCUGGCCCAGCGAGAAAUGGGCUUUCAUCGGGGUGCCAUACGUCACUCUUCUGUGUGUGCACAGGAAGCCCUCUAUUAAGGUGACUUAAACUGUGCUUCCUGAGGUAUCCGACUACUCUUCAGUGCACUUUGUAAUGGACUUUCACACGAAGGAGAAUCCUGGUUUUCAGGUGGAUUUGUUUAGGGAAGGAUGAAGGUCAAUCAAGGUAUUCAUGCGAGUAUUUAGUAUCUUAACUGCACAAAAUCAGCUCUCGGUUUUUUUUUAUGUUUUUGAAAGUAGUCUCUUCUGCUCACCAAGGCUGCAUUUAUUUUUGAUCAGAAAUAUUGUGAAAUAUUAUUACAAUUUAAAAUAAUAAUUUUCUAUGUGAAUGUAUUUUAAAAUGUAAUUUAUUCCUGAAACACACAGCUGAAUUUUAGCAUCAUUUAUGAAGUUUUCAGUGUUUGUUUACACUUUUUGAAACCGAUAAGUAAAAAAAAGAAAAAAGGAAAUUAAUAGUUUUAUUCAGCAAGGAUGCAUUCAUCAAAAAUGACAUUUGUAAUGUUACAAAAGAUUUCUAUUUCAAAUAAAUGCUGUUCUUGUGAACCUUCUAUUAAUCAAAGAAUCCCCAAAAAAGUCGUAAAUAUUAAGUCGCCAAAAUGUUUUCAACGUUGUUGAUAAUAUGAACUAUUAUUAAUAAUUGAGCACCAAUAAUUACUGGAGGAAUGAUGAUUAAAAUUCAGCUUUGAUGACAGGCAUAGAUUGCAUUUUACAAUAUAUUAAAGUAGAAAAUUUCUAUUAACUCUUUCCCUGCCAUUGACAAGAUUAUACGCCUUUUCGUGUUUUCACUGUUAUACACUUGGGGGCGCUGUUACACAUCUUCUGAACGAGUACAAAACCUCCCGAACAAAAACACACAUGAACAGGAGGAAGAAAUGGGUGAUCUCUUAUGUCAACAGAUGCAUAUGAUAAAUAAUCCAAUCAUCAGCAAUAAACAACAUAUAAAUGAAAACUGCAUAAUGUUAUGUAGUAAAAAUGUUGAUCCAUGAAGUGUUAUAUAUCUGUGCAAGCUUCUGAAGUUUUAAUGGAAGCGAUUUAAAUGUAGAGGCUUUGAUCUUUAUUUUUUAGUAUAUUGCAUAUUCCAAUAUUCAUACAGCAAAAUAAACUAAUUUGAGUGACAAUGGUCAAAAUCGCUGACGGUUUUUUCAAAUGUGCUGGCAGGGAAAGAGUUAAUAUUUACUGUAUUUCUAUUCAAGCAUAAGAGACUUGGUGAGCAUAAGAAAUUUCUUUCAAAAACAUAAAAAAAUGGGUGUUUUUAAAUAAGUACUGAAUAUAAAACAAAACUGAGAAGUGGGCUUCAAAAAGCACCAGGAAUGAAUUAUGAGGAUAGUAAUGCUUAUUUGUGUGUUAAUAUUGUGAGAAAUGUUAACACAUAGCAUGUUAUUUCACAGUAGUACUACUCGUUAGUUGUCUUUUUUGACAGCAGUUAAUACAUUUAGAAUAAAAAGGCGCACUAAGUGAUUUUUCAUUGUUUCGCUGGUUAAAUAACAAAAGGGUUUGGAGCUUUACACAGAAGGAAACAUUUCGCAUUUAUUCCAUAACAUUCAUUUCCUUUCAUAUUAGGAGGAUUUUUUUGAGCUGCCUUUAUCUCAUGUGAAGGUACAUCAGUUUAAACAUUUGCCAAUAGGACUAAUAAUUUAUUUUGGUGUAAAUGUUGGGGAAAAAACCUGAGUGCAUCUCAUCCACAGACCUGUUACCUCGAUGUGAAUUAUGAUGCAGCAUAAAUUCUCAACUGUGUUGCACUACUGUGAAAUGAAUGCAGUGGAUCUGACGGAUGCACGACCAUAGUUUGGUGAACUGAAUGUGAAGGAAGUCUCCCUUACAUUCCCUUGAAUGCCUUCACACAGAAAUGCAUUUAUCUCUAUAUAGCCUACUGCUUUCUCACAUAGAGGAACAGCAGUUUUAGCUUUAUCUCUGUAAUUAGUUAAACUUUAAAACACUAUACAAAAGCCUUCAUAGUUCAAUUGUCAAAGAUCAAAUUGUUGUUGUUCAUUGCAAAAUGGUUUAUCGAAAUACCAAAAACUUGAUGCAAUAAAAGCACAAAUCCAGCUGUGGUCUGUUCACCAAAGGCACAUUCAUGCUGCUUUCUUCCAGUGCCACACAAGUGCAUCAGCAUUUCAGAGAGAAGCUGAACAUCACCUCAGUUUCCAGAGCUGUAGCUUUUCUAAAGCAGUGUGAUUUUGUAUUUUUGUGUAACUUUCUGCCAAUGCAAUGCACAGUGUGUACUGUAAGCCAAUGUGAAGGCCAUAACAUAUGUGUGUGUGAGAGUGUUUGUGUGUGUGUGUGUCAUCCAGACCCAGAUGCAACACAGGGACCAAGUAUACAAAGACUAUUUAUUUUUGUGGCUUGUAACCGAUUAAUAGUUUUGUAACUACCACUGAUUAAUGAUUUUGUAACCCAAAGUAUUUUUACACCUUAUUUAAUAAAAACAUGCUGCGUAUUAACACGUUUGAA